AUGGCUUUCCUUCCCUCCUGGGCCUGUGUACUGGCUGGCUGCGUUUCUGCUGCUUUAGCAGGAGCUUCCAAUCUCUCAGAUCUGUAUCCUCCUCUGUGGAAUGAGAGUCCUGGGCAGUUCUUUAACUACAAGGUCGAGAAUGGGAAAUACGUUAUCGACCCCUGGGUGUUCACUGACAGAAUGGGGCUGUAUAAAAUCCUACUGAACCAGACAGCCACCUAUUUUGAAAAAUUUGCUCCAGAAAAUGAACAAAACAUCUUAUGGGGACUUCCACUUCAGCACGGCUGGCAGUAUAGCUCAGGUAGAUUAGUUGACCCCACCAGAAAGACAAACUGUGGCUACGAAUCUAACCAUCUCUGCAUUUCUGUAGACAGUUGGUGGGCUGAUAUGAACUAUUUUCUGAGUGUUCUGCCCUUCCUCGCUGCCCUCGACUCCGGCAUAAUGGAUAUCUCAGCAGACCAAGUCACGCUCUUGCCACCCCCCAAGGACCAGGCGAAGUUCUGCUAUGAUGUUUCUGGCUGUCGUGCCACCUUUCCUGACAUAAUAAACGAGUGGAGAACAUUUUUCCAGCACAUGCAGACAUCGUCUAUCACCUUUGAACAGUUGUUGAAAUACUUAUGGAAUGCACACGUUGCCUCCUUGGAAGUUUCCAUUAAAGGUUUUGAAGACAGGUAUACAUAUUAUUCCAAAGAAGAAGCAAAUUUUGGGCAGAACUGGGCUGUCUCUGUGAAUUAUUUGGCUGCCUCUCGGGUUCCCACUACCUUGAUUAGAACCUACAACUUCCAGAAGGGGCUCCCCCCCAGAGUCCUUACCAGUGCUGAUGUAGCCCCCUUCAUCAGCAACUUCACUGGUCUUCAGAACUUCGUCCUGGUGGCUCUAGAUGUUAUCGGUGACCUGCACAGAUACACAGGUUCCCUAACUCUGAAUAUAUGGAAAAUUUUAAUGAUGACCCAAGCUGCCAGGGAGAAGUUUCUGCAGUUCUUUGAAAUGGUGUUUUCAGCAGCUUCUUAA